UUGGUACAUCGAACUCUUCACAGCUGGCUGUUGAACAGGUUUCUUUUUCUUUACUUUCUUUGUGUUUUUAGUUUCUCGCUCUCUUUCAUGUCUCGGCCUUCCGUUUUUUGCUUUUGCGCUAUAGGUUUGUGGUGAGGGUGCUAACAGGUGUUUGUGCUAUGGAUUUCGGUCCAAACUGAGGUGGGUUCGGGUGUAAGAAAUGGCUGGUUUCUUCUAUCUAGGUGGACGACAAGACGAAGAUAAAGAGGAGAACCUGAAUUUGUACAGAAACGAGGAGAUCUGCAACAAAGGGUUCGAGAUAUGGCCACACUAUAAUUAUUACCAGCAGCAGCAAAAUGUGAAUAAUCAGUCCUUUGGAGCGGGUCCUAGUCGAAGAACUAGCGGCCUUAACCUCUCGGAUGAGUGGUCUUCGAGAUCAGUAGGGUUUACGGACAUGAGACAAGGAGGCAUCAACUGCCAAGACUGUGGAAACCAGGCUAAGAAAGAUUGUGCCCAUUUGAGAUGCAGGACUUGUUGCAAAAGCCACGGCUUCCAGUGCCAAACUCACGUUAAGAGUACUUGGGUUCCUGCUGCUAGAAGGCGAGAGAAGCAACCACAGAAUCCACAACAACAACAACAGUUUCGAGGAGAGAAUCAAGGGUUGGAACUGGCUCAAUUCCCCUCAGAAGUGAAUUCUCCAGCAGUCUUCCGCUGUGUAAAAGUAAACGCUAUGGACGAAGUAGAUGAGGAUCAGUUGGCUUAUCAAACGGCUGUGAAUAUUGGAGGGCAUGUAUUCAAGGGAAUUCUAUACGAUCAAGGCCCUGAAAACCAUUAAACCCCUUUGUUUUUCGCAUAUUCACCAACUUUUUUAUACGUAGCCAGAUCAGCCAUUUAAAUAGACGUGCAUGGAUGCGAUGAUGACUUGCUGCUAGAAUGGAAACCAUUAGCUAAUUAGCCAAUAAAUUUCAGUGCUGCUCAACCAUGCGCAUGUUAUUUAUGUUAUCUUUAGUCUCAGACUAAUGAUAUAAACUAAGGUAGAUGCUUCAUUUUGGUAGGCUUGUAGACUUAUCACAUGGAGAAGAAUUAGAAAUUAGGAUUAUGAAACUUCCCUAAGUUUUGUAGUUUCUGAACAUGUACUCUGAUGAGAUUUCUCAUUUGAUGUUUUCACAGCUUUCAGUUGUAUUAUUAUUUGGGAUAAACGAAAUUACAAGGGACAGAGGAGAUGAUCAUGUUACUUGUACCGUUUGACCAUCUCACACUGAUGAUACUGAUCCUGGUCAGAAAUUAAUGGAUGUUUUUUUUCAUCCUCUA